GGAAGUUCGUCACGUCGCAGUUGUCUGGGCACGGCGGAUGUGUGUCGCCGCUUAGGUGACGCUGGGAAGUGCUUGCAGCCCCCGCCGCUGCCUCUUGGUUGAAGCACUAUGGAGGGAGAGAGGAAGAACAACAACAAACGGUGGUAUUUUACUCGAGAGCAGCUGGAAAACAGCCCAUCGCGUCGUUUCGGCGUGGACUCAGAUAAAGAACUAUCUUAUCGCCAGCAGGCGGCCAAUCUACUCCAGGACAUGGGACAACGUCUUAACGUCUCACAACUGACUAUCAAUACUGCUAUAGUAUACAUGCACCGAUUCUACAUGAUUCAGUCUUUUACACAGUUUCAUCGAUACUCUAUGGCUCCAGCAGCCUUGUUUCUAGCAGCAAAAGUAGAAGAACAACCAAAAAAAUUGGAACAUGUCAUCAAGGUAGCACACACUUGCCUGCAUCCACAGGAGUCCCUUCCUGACACGAGAAGUGAGGCCUACCUACAACAAGUUCAAGAUCUGGUGAUUUUAGAGAGCAUAAUUCUGCAGACCUUAGGGUUUGAAUUAACAAUUGACCACCCCCACACACAUGUGGUAAAGUGCACUCAGCUUGUUCGAGCAAGCAAGGACUUAGCACAGACAUCUUACUUCAUGGCAACCAACAGCCUGCAUUUGACCACAUUUAGCCUGCAGUACACACCUCCUGUGGUGGCCUGUGUCUGCAUCCAUCUGGCUUGCAAGUGGUCCAACUGGGAGAUCCCAGUCUCAACUGAUGGGAAGCACUGGUGGGAGUAUGUUGACGCCACUGUGACCUUGGAACUUUUAGAUGAAUUGACACAUGAAUUUCUACAGAUUCUAGAGAAAACUCCAAGCAGGCUGAAACGUAUUCGGAAUUGGAGGGCGUACCAGGCUGCCAUGAAAACCAAGCCAGAGGACCGAGGAGCAGACGAGAACACAUCAGAGCAGACCAUCCUCAACAUGAUUUCUCAGACCUCUUCAGACACGACGAUUGCAGGUCUGAUGAGCAUGUCCACUGCGUCUUCGAGUGCAGUGCCUUCCCUGCCUGCUUCUGAGGAGUCGUCCAGCAGUCUGACUAGUGUGGAGAUGCUGCAAGGCGAUCGAUGGCUGUCUUCCCAACCUCCCUUUAAACUAGAAGCUUCUCAGGGUCAUCGGACUAGUGAGAAUUUAGCACUUAUUGGAGUUGAUCAUUCCUUGCAACAUGAUGGUUCGAAUGCAUUUGUUUCCCAGAAGCAGACUAGCAAGAGCGCGCCAUCAGCUAAAGUUACACUUAAAGAAUACCGUGCAAAGCACGCAGAGGAGUUGGCUGCUCAGAAGAGGCAGCUGGAGAAUAUGGAGGCCAAUGUGAAGUCACAGUAUGCAUAUGCUGCCCAGAAUCUCCUGUCUCAUGACAGCCAUUCUUCAGUAAUUCUGAAAAUGCCCAUUGAGGGUGCAGAAAAUCCUGAACGUCCUUUUCUGGAUAAGGCUGACAAAUCAGCCCUGAAAAUGAGACUCCCAGUGGCUAGUGGAGAUAAAGCAGGCUCUUCGAAGCCAGAGGAGAUAAGAAUGCGCAUUAAAGUGCACUCUGCAGGCGAUAAGCACAACUCUGUAGAAGACAGUGUCACAGCCAAGAGCCGGGAGCACAAAGAGAAGCAGAGGACUCACCCGUCUAACCACCACCACCACCACAACCACCACUCACACAAGCACGCUCACUUACAGCUGCCGGUCGGCCCUGGGAGCAAGCGCCCAAGUGAUCCAAAACACAGCAGCCAGACAAGCGCCGUAGUACACAAAACCUACAGCCUGUCUAGUGCUCCAUCUUCUUCCAGCUCUGCUCGGAAACGGGCUCCCCCGGAAGAGGCGGGGGCAGCAGUGUUUGAUCAUCCAGCCAAGAUUGCCAAGAGUACUAAAUCUUCCUCCUUGAAUUUCCCCUUCCCCCCUCUUCCUACAAUGACCCAGUUGCCUGGGCAUAGCUCAGACACAAGUGGCCUGCCCUUUUCACAGCCUAGCUGUAAAACUCGAGUUCCUCAUAUGAAACUGGAUAAAGGCCCUCCUGGGGCUAAUGGUCACAACACAACUCAGUCAAUAGAUUAUCAAGACACUGUGAAUAUGCUCCACUCCCUGCUUAGUGCCCAAGGUGUUCAGCCCACUCCACCCCCUGCAUUUGAAUUUGUUCAUUCUUAUGGUGAAUAUAUGAAUCCUAGAGCUGGUGGCAUCUCUUCCAGAUCUGGCAAUACAGACAAACCUCGGCCACCACCCCUCCCGUCAGAACCCCCUCCACCACUUCCACCUCUUCCUAAGUGAAAAAAAGAAAAAAAAAAGAGGCAAAAACUUCAAAAACAAAAAACACUUUUUUUUUUUUGCUUUGUUUUGACUACUGAUACUAGACUACGAAAUUUACACCCCUUAAUGAAUUGUCACCUUAGGAAUAAAUUGCUAUUGAGACAGGUGGGAGGGUGGUGGAGGGCCUCAGAUACCCUCUCUGCUGCCUCGUACGUCUAUAGUUUGUACUGGUGUUAGAGAGGUGGGAUUGUGUGGAAGCUGUGAAGGAUUAAGAACACUCUCUGUUCUCGGCCUCUCCUCAUCCUAGUUAGGUUGAUUGGAGUAGUUCUCUUCCCUCUUCUUGCCAGAACUGAAAUGUGGAGGGCAUAGCAAACAGUUGUGGAUUCUUUUGGUGUUUAACAUAUCAGAAGAGAGGGAGUAUUUAAACGUCAAAUCUUUAAGAGACUUUUAAAAAAAUAAUUUAAAGAAAGUAAGUUAUCUGUUUAGUUUCUUUUUUUAUAUAAUUGGGAGGGGGAAAGGGAUUUUGCUGUGUAUAUGAGGAACAUAGCAAUGACCUGUUGGGGGGAAGGGGUUGGAGGGUGGGAAUGUGUGCAGGGAGGGGGGUAGGCUCUUGGCCAAGAGUGAAAUAGGCUCAGGCCACUUGAAGUAUUAAGAUCUUUAAAGUGUGUGUGCGGGUGUGUGUGUCUGUGUGUGUGUGUGUUUAAAAUCAUGUUGUUACCUUUUUCCUCCCACUUGUAACCAUUUUGGUAUUUCAACAUUCUACUAGAGAGCACAGUUGGCCUUGAAGCUCUGAAGAGGCAUGAUUGACAGUGUGAUUUCCUCCCUUCACCACAGGCUGAUGUAAUGGAGUAGCAGCCCCCUAGCUUCUAGUUGGGCAGGUGUGGCCAGUGACCAUCCUGGGAACUUCCCUGUUACUCCUUUUUGUGUUUUCAAUGCAGAAUGGAGGUGGGCUUGAGGAAGAAGCCUAUAAAGCAAGGCCGGCCUCUCCCCUUCAGAGUUGGACCUUUUCAGGUUGGGCUUUUCGAAAGCUCAGGUCUCUGAAGGGAAGAAGGGUGUGCUUUGUGUGUCCUGUCUGAAAGACCAGACCAUGUGUGUUAGUGAUAAUAGGAUUGGGAGAAGCCAAGGAGUUAAUGAUACUAAAGACAAUGAAAUUGUGAUUUGAGAUUCUGAAGACUUCGUGUUUAAGUUACAUUAUGAAUGUAAGACUUGCUUUUUAUCUGUUUAUCUACUGGGAAACAACUGCAUCCUUGCAGUUUACAGCCUAUUUGACUUCGGAGACAAGUUUGAAUGAAACAGCAUUGGUAUAAUGAGUGAGCACGCCUAGUCAGCAGACACUGCUGUGUUUAGAUUAUUUCUUAGUGGGUGGCUUUUGAUUCCAGACAGAGAUUCUUAAAAGACCUUAAAAAAAGUGGAUCAGGAAUCCUGUUACAGGGCUUGAUUGUUCCAGACAUUAGAAGUAAAUAUUUCUGACGAAGGAAAUCUUGAAAAAAUACUGACUAAAAAUUGUAAGCCAAGCUGUCUAACUGAAAAAUGCUACCUAGCCACAGAUCAUUGCUGUUAUUUGGUUCAUUGCAUGAGUGUGUGUGUGUGUGUGUAUGCAUAUAUACAUGUAUAUAUAUACACAUAUGUGUGUGUGUACACACAUGUGUAUGUGUAGGUUUUUUUGGCUAUGGAUAAGAUGGUGCUAUGAAAAUAAUUUGUCUCUUGUUUUAAUUAAUGAAGCUUCUGUCAUGCAAAGUAGUCUUUAGGGAGGAGUCAGAUUCUUUUCAUUGAAAGUCAUAGGGAAACAGAAGUUGUACAGUGCUGCUUGCCAAGAACAGACUAGGAAAAACACCGAGGCAGUCACUAUUGCUGAUAUACUGGCCCAAUAGAGGAAGGAAUGUAUAGGAAGGAAUACAUCUUAGGGUGACUCUGUGGUUCUUAAUCUGCAUGUUUGAAUUGUCUGGAGUGCCUGCCAUUGCUGUGCAAAACAAGGAGCUCCUUGCUGAGAAACGAGUGUAUUUCUUGGUGUGUAGCUUUUAAAGUAACAUCUUUUUUUCUCGGUAUUUCCUGUGUUGUGCAAGAUAGAUGUGUCAUUGUGAUUACUAAAUUUAGGCUUGGUAUUUGUUUAGAUUUUGUUUUCCAUCCUGACCUUCCCAAACGGGAAUGUACCCUUUAGUUUGCAUCUUUGUCUGGAAUUGAUGAUUUGAUUUGGGAACAUAGCUGUUUCUUUAAUUACUCUCAUUAAUGUCACAUGCAGUCCCUUGCCACAGAGGCUAUCAUAUUUGCUGUCAAAGCAUUUCUUCACAGUAAUAAUGUAGUUAUGUUUCUUAGAACUGUCUGUAGUGGACUAGGAAUAACUGCUUACUAGAGCCUAAAGAGCUACUUCAUCCGUAGUCUGGUCUUUACUGUAGCUCAGCACUGAGUUUGGUUAGUUUAGAGACUUUUCCUAUAUUAGUUCCUCCUGGUACUGUCUGUAGAUAGAUGCAGUGUCUGCUUCUACGUCUGUGCAUAGAUCCUGAACCUCCCUCACGGGCUCUGCAUGAACUGCUACAUUGCAUUAUUUUGGGGUAGCAGAUACACCUGCCAGCUAGCAUGCAUAUUGUCCAGUUUCUGUAUAAAUAAGGCUUCGAAGCCAUGUGUGUCUCCUCCCUUCAGACCUUCAAAGGGUGAGAAAUAGUAUUUGUAUAUCUAAAGUCAGCCAUGUAAACAUGGCUCUUUGUUUUUUUCUUUUAAUCUAAACAGUCAAGAAGAAAUGAGAGUGGUAAGCAGGCUUGGAGCCUUGACUUCUGUAAAUUUCAUUCCUAAGAGUUUGCUUGACUUUUACAUUGGCAGAAAUAAAUACCUGUGGAUUGUCUUUAGGGCUUUUAGUCAUAUACCUGUGUUAUUGGCUAAACUCUGGUGAAUCAUUAACCUAAAACCAGUGUGGUCUUCUGAAGUAUCCAGUUAAUGCCUUUUGGGUUUAGAAAAUACCUAAGUAUUAGUCUCCUUUUCUCAUCCGUGAAUCAUUGUGUCUUUGUAUCUGAGACUCAGCAGCUUUUCCUUGUAAAUGAUUGUAGUGUUUUGGUUUAGUGUAUCCUACAUAUUUCUUAUAUUAUUAGGUUCACCAGUGGUGAUAGAAAAAUUGAGUAUCUCCAAUUGCAAACAGCAGUAGAUUUGAAUAUUGAAACAGAAUCAUGGUAACAUCACUGCUGGGGUCCCUGAAGCCUUUGCAGCGUGAUUCACCUCACACCGCGCUUCUAGACAAAGGCAGUUGGAGGGUCCUAUCUAUCCUAGUAUGGUUGGAAUCUAAAUAUAUGUGUUUCCAUUAUUUUGGGAACUAAUUAUUUUUUUAAAGAUUUUUUUCUUUUGUUGAUGAGUUAUUUUGAUACUCAUGCUAGGAAAAGGGAGAAACAAAACCAUCUUGAGAUUGGAAUGCCUAUUUUAUUCUCCUGAGUUUGGGAGAACUUAAGCAGUCUAUGCAACCCAUCAGAUAGUGAGAAAUAGCUUUCUGCCAUUCCACUGAGCUUUCAGUGACUCUCAUACGUCCUCACAUGUCUUGGCGCUGAUUGAGGUUUGGAUCUUGAUUCUUAGGAAGCAAUUCUCACUGCACUACACUGUCAUUUCUUUCUUUCCCCUCAGUGGAUGGAAGCUUGAAAGAAGCAUGGUACUGUGAUCUUACCUGAUGGAGUGGUCUAAAUUCACAAUUGUUUCCUAAGUGGGUGAGCUCUCCGUUUUAGUAUUCUAAAGUUGAUAAUAUGAACUUGGCAAUGGAAAGGGGAAGGAAAAUAAUGUUUAAUAAAAAUCAGUGUCUACUCUUUCCCUUUAUGAGUGUGUAUUCCUGGUUGUAUGAAGAGGAACUCGUGGGUUUGUGUUGCCAUGUGAAUGUCGAGAGGGAUGCUUGACAGCACGUUAACUGAAGCCAGAGCAAGAGCAAGUGUGUCUGCCGUCAGGUGAUCCGGAAAUGCCGGUGUAUGCCGAGAAAGUGAUUAGCGGAUGGCCAUAGUGAAAUCACAAAGCAGAAGGGCUGUCUGUCCUACGAACCCAAGCAAACAGUGCGGCGGCCUCAUGCAGGUGUGAUUGAGGUUCUGAACUGGAACUGGUCUGUAUCACCUGACUUUCCACAUGUAAAACUGUCCAUAUUCCUAUCAGACCAAAGAACAAAAAGAAAAAAAAUGAAAAAGCAAAGUAAUACACUUUUACCGGUUUAUGUCACUCAGGUACAAUUUUGUGGUGAGGUUUUGUUUUUUUUUGUUUUUGUUUUUUUGUCUGAUUUUUUUACUGCUCAGCAAAUUAUUCUGCUGUUGCCUCUGUCCUCCAUGGGGCACCUCGGUUUGGGUGCUCCUCCUGGGAUCUCUACUGCUGUUAGGUGAAUGACCAUAGGAUGGAAGUGACCAUUAUCAUAAGGGCUCUUUAUAAAAAACCUUAAAAACACAAAAAAAAAUUUUAAAGAAGGAUAUUGUAUACAUUUUAUAGUCUGGCUAUCAGUUUGAUAUCUUGCUGUCAAGUAUGUUUCUCAAUCUGUAUUUAUCCAUCCCAUCAAUAAACGUUAAUGAUAAAACACCUGA